UGUAAUUUUACCAUCAUUGUCUUUAGCUGCUUUGCAUGUGGAGAUAGUGAAACUCUGUUCCCAAGUCGCCCCCACGUUUCUUUGCGUGGUUUGUGGGCUACACCUCUCCCACCAUUUUCAACACCAAAAAACUCUUCCUUUCUUUCUUGACAUUAACACUGUCAGGAAUUUCGAAGAUUCCUACCGUUCAGACCAAGACGAUCUCCGAGAUAGAUAGGUACGAAUUCUUGGAGCUUUUUGGCUUAUUGGGUUUGUCUCUGUGCUCCAUUUGGUGAUCUGGGUGCUGCUGCAUUUUCCCAGUAAAUCUUGGGUUUGAAGCUUUGAUAAAGUAGGCUGCUUUGAUCUGAAUUGUGCUCAGUUUUUUGGGGUUUUAGGGGCUUGGUUGUGUUCUUACAAGAGUUUUGUGAGCUGGGUGGUGAUUGGAUUUUGUGGAUUUGGGUUUAUCUGAGAACUCUUUGCUCAGUGUAAUUUUGGUGACCGAGUAAACUAGUGUAGAAGACUUUGUUUUACCAGGUCAUUUUGAAUCGGGGGUUUCUGGCAUUUUUGAAAUCUCAGAGAAUUUUAGCCAUUAAUGCUGGUUAUCAUUUGUCAAUACUCUCUAUAAGGAAGACAUUUGCCUUUUGUAACGGUAGUUGAUCUAUGAUUCUGAUACUGAAAGCGACUGUUUUUUGCCUCUGAAAUUUGAGAAGCUUCGUUUCAUGGAAGCGAUAACAAUCCAAAAGUAGGCAGAUUUCGCAUUCAAUUCAUUCCAAAAUGUCUUCAACAACCUCACCUUCUCCAAAUUCUUCACCUUCUGCAAACCCACCAACCAGCUCUGAUACCCCACCAUCAUCAAAUUCCACAACUCCACAGUCCUCUCCUCCUCCUCCUCCUCCUCCAGCUGCCUCAGCUGCUCCCCCUCCAGUGUCAUCACCGCCCCCACCGGUAUCAUCACCACCGCCUGCUGUAGCAUCUCCACCACCAGCCUCACCACCCCCGGCGUCUCCACCUCCAUCACCUCCUAAGUCUUCCCCUGCCCCUCCUCCAACGCCUCCUGCUUCACCCCCAGCAUCACCUCCAGCAGCAUCACCGCCACCUCCAACACCAACUUCCCCUCCUCCGGCGGCACCAGCAUCCAAUGUAUCCCCACCGCCACCAUCAGGAGACUCCCCUCCUCCCAAAGCCUCACCGCCACCUAAAUCCCCUCCUCCUGCAGCUGAUGCAUCACCGCCUUCAUCCACUUCUCCACCGCCACCAAAAGCACCAGAGAAGUCUCCUCCCUCCCCCACUGUUACACCACCUCCAUCUGGUUCUCAGUCUUCUCCGCCACCAGCUGAUAACACCCCUCCCAAGUCCACAUCACCGCCGCCUUCAGUUCCCUCAUCGUCGUCUUCCCCUCCUGCUCCGCCCACUAAUUCAUCAGCUCCUGCUCCCUCAGGCUUGCCUGCUAUCCCGACACAGAAACCAACUGCAAAGUCAACUAAUGAUGCCAAUGUAACGGCAAAUGCCACACCUGGAAACACAAAAGUUAACACUGGAGGAGCUGUGGCAAUUGGAAUUGUGGUUGGGGUGCUGGUGCUCAGUCUUGUUGUGAUGGCCGUGUGGUUCACCAAGAAGAAGAAGAGAAAAAGUGGGUCGAAUCUUUACACCAUGCCUUCUCCCUUUGCUUCAUCCCAGAAUUCAGAUUCCGUAUUUUUGAGGCCCCAUUCUCCAGCCCCCCUUGUAGGAAAUGGUUCUGGUAAAGAAUUCAUGUAUGCACAAUCAGAGUCUGGAGCAAGCAAUUCAAGAUCAUGGUUCACAUAUGAAGAACUGAUCCAAGCCACAAAUGGAUUUUCGAAACAGAAUCUUUUGGGUGAAGGGGGAUUUGGUUGUGUGUACAAAGGUAUCCUGGAAGAUGGAAGAGAAGUUGCUGUUAAACAGCUAAAAAUUGGUGGCGGACAAGGGGAACGUGAGUUCCGAGCUGAAGUUGAAAUUAUCAGUCGAGUACACCAUCGCCAUUUGGUUUCCCUGGUGGGUUACUGUAUAUCUGAGCAUCAAAGGUUGCUUGUCUACGACUUUGUUCCAAACGAUACCCUUCAUUACCAUCUUCAUGGUCAGGAUAUGCCGAUUAUGGAUUGGGCAACUAGAGUCAAAGUUGCUGCUGGUGCAGCUCGUGGGAUAGCUUACUUACAUGAAGAUUGCCAUCCUCGCAUUAUUCAUAGAGAUAUCAAGUCAUCAAACAUACUUCUGGAUAGCAAUUUUGAAGCUCAGGUUGCAGAUUUUGGGCUUGCAAAGCUAGCAUUGGAUACAAAUACACAUGUAACCACACGAGUCAUGGGAACAUUUGGAUACAUGGCUCCAGAAUAUGCAACAAGUGGAAAGUUGACAGAUAAGUCUGAUGUUUAUUCUUAUGGCGUUGUACUUUUGGAGCUGAUUACUGGUCGCAAGCCUGUGGAUGGCUCUCAGCCAUUGGGUGAUGAGAGCCUUGUUGAAUGGGCUCGACCUUUGCUCACUGACGCAGUUGAAACUGGAGAUUUUAGUGAGUUGGCAGAUCCAAGGCUGGAAGAGAAUUAUGUUGAGAAUGAAAUGUUUCGAAUGAUUGAGGCGGCUUCAGCUUGUGUGCGUCAUUCAGCUACUAAAAGGCCACGAAUGAGACAGGUGGUCAGGGCUUUAGACUCCUUGGAUGAUACCUCAGAUCUCAGUAACGGAAUGAAACCUGGCCAGAGUGAAGUUUUUAAUUCCGCAGAUCAAUCUGCACAAAUUAGAAUGUUCCAAAGAAUGGCGUUUGGUAGUCAGGAUUACAGUACGAGUUACUUUAAUCAAAGUCAGAGUAGCUGGAAAAGUAGAGAUAACGGGGACCAAACUCGAAGUAGCUGGAAUAGAGACCAGCGGGACCAGAGUAGAGAGCACGGAGACCAAACUCGGAGUACCUGGAGUAGAGACCAGAGAGACCAGGAUACUGUAGUACCGAUAGAUAGAUCUGGAGUAUGGAACAUUUGAUACAAUUUGAGGCACAUGUUGCAAUCUAGAGUUCAACCAACUAUUGAAGAGCAUCGACUUUGUUGGGCUGUUGGAACAAGGUUGUGUUGCUCAUUCCUUGUAAAUCUAUACUCAUUUUCGCAUAA